AUGCUUUCAAUUGAACAGAGAUACAACAUCUGCCUUAUGGCAGAGCGGCAUCCAAAAUGGACACAGCUGGAGCUGGCAAGAUGGGCAUACGAAACUUUUCAGUUGCCCAAGAUUCCUUCACAGGGCACCAUUUCACGACUGCUGGCCAAGAGAGACGUGUACAUGAAUUGUAAGGAUAACGAGAAAGCGGCAAACCGGGUUAGAAAGCCGAAUAACGUACUGGUACGUCUGAUCUUGCAGGAGUGGGUGUCGCAGAGCAUAUGGAAUGGUAUACCCAUCAAUUCGCCGAUCAUACAGGAUACAGCACAAUCUGUUUGGUAUCGUAUCCCUGCAGAACAUCGCGAGGGUAACGGCUCGUUCUCCUACAAGUGGAUUAAUAACUUUCUGGCCAAAAUGGACAUCAAUAUAUCGAACUUGGACGAAGAACUACCCAAACCACCAAAGAUCUGGACUUUCGAGGAGAGAAACGCUUUGAAGCAAAUAUUUGCGACCAUUCCUUCCCAAGACAUCUUCACUUUGGAUGAGACAUUUCUGGCGUAUAACUUGCCAUUGGAUUACGCCCAAUACGAGGCCAGCCAGAUUCAAAGAGUCAUAGAAGUAGCUACGGUGAUGCUUUGCUCGAAUGUCGAAGGAACAGAGAAGCUGAAACCGGUAGUCGUGGGGAAAUAUAACAGUUACCGAAGCUUCAGGAACUACUUUCCUGAGGAGCCAUCAGAUCCAAUAUCGCAAUCUUUGUUAGGUGAGAAGAUGGCACGUAGGUUUGGAAUUUCAUAUCACAGUAACCGGAAGUCAUGGCUUACAAGUAAUUUGUUUCACGACUGGUUGGCAAGGUGGGACAAGCGACUGGCAGCAGAUAACAGGAAUAUCUGGAUUAUAUUGGACGAUUCCUGCUCACACAGGAUAAUAAAUCCUCAUCUGAAGAACAUUAAAUUGGUCUACACUUCGGCAAACUCUAGAUUUCUACCAUUCAACUGGGGAGUUUUGGAUGAGUUUAAGACAAGAUAUAGAAUUCAACAAUACCAAGCACUGAUAGAUUUACAGAGCACGCUUGAAAAAAAGACGAAUAAGAAGUUAUACAUUACAUUCGAGCAAAGUCAGUUGACUAUGUCGAAUGCUUUUAAAUUCAUAAAAAAAGCGUGGAUGGGUAUACCUGUCGAGACCAUCAGAGCGAACUGGAAGAGUUCCGGGAUUUUACCUCCUGAAAUGAUACGUUUAGAUGAAACGGUGAGCAUGGCUUUCAAGAAAAAUGAAGCAUUGGAAGCAGAACUUAAUAGUUUAUGUGAUAAGUUCUAUUGCAAGAAGAAGUGGGAUCACGAUAUGCUACUGGACUUGAAUAUCGAGAACAAGAAUACCAACUUCCUGAGUACAGAAGAGCUAGUAGAAAGUGCGAUUGUCGACCUUGUCGAGCCAGAUCCUAAUAUCAGCAAGCGGUCAGCCACUCCAACACUGAACCAAAUAACCGAUUAUUCCAAUUUUGAUCUUCUCAACGACCGCAACCUCAACUUGAGUCUAAAUCAAGCGGGGAAUACUGCAGAUCUCGAAUCAGAAUCUGAUGAGGAUUUGAGCAGAGAAAAUAUAGUAUCCAAUACGUCGAACGAUCCUCAUAACAUUGCCAUGCUACAAAACCCUCAUGAAAGAGGAAACGUGGAAAACAGUUAUGAUAUGAACCUCGACAAAAUCCUGGAUGGUAAUUACACCCAAGAAAACACAGAUAAAAUUUACAACGUCAGCACUUUGAUCGACAAACCUAACCUUUUCACCGGAGAAAAUGGAGUUCUUGAUUUAAGGGUUGUUGGUAUCGACGCCUCUAUUGUGCCAUCCGAUUACUUCGAUGAUAUGUUUCCACCAGCAGUUUCAGGAUCAGCUGCCUCCAAUAUAGCCAAUAAUACUACUGGUGGUCUAAAUACGCAGCCUAGGCAAGCUGAAUCAUCUUACACAAAUACGGCCGUUCCAGUUAACAGUACUGCAGCUAAUACUGCACCGAUUGUUCCAUUUGGGGAUCCAGCACUGAAUCAUCUGCUCGACAGUGCGGUAGCUUCAAAUAAGGAGGUUACGCCGCCAUCAGUGCCUGAUUUCCCUUUAGAAUCAAAUCCAGGUGCAACUCUUCAGUCAAACAUCAACAUCGCAAAAUCUUUGGGAAACAUUUUAAAGCAUACUGAAACUCGUGAACUAAGCUUCUCUGAUGCUGCAAUCGCUGAAAUCAAGUUCAACUACGAUAGCCUUUUGAAAAAGAUAAAGAAAGUCAGAAAACAGAAACAUAAUAUGAAGACUAGAAGAGGGCAAGUCCAGCUAGACCGAUAUCUUGGCGGAUCUCCCUCAAGCCCAAAUAGCACGAAUUUCUCAUCCUCUGGGAAUUUACACGAUUCCGUAGAUCUACAGUUGCCAGGUAAUUCAUCAUUCUUUUGA